AUGGCUCGGAAAUCAUCUUCUUCCACCCCCACCACUCGUUCUCAUUCCCCCUGUGAACGCCCACGUAAAAAACGGCGAACCAGCAAAAGCCAACCAUCUUUGUCGCCACCUCCCUCGCCACCUCCAUCAAAAUCGCCUCAAAAGGCUGGCAAGAGCAAGUCUGCACCUCGCAAGACAAAGAAAAAACGCGCCAAAGUUGGCCAUAUCAAGUCUUUGUCUAUUGACGACCAGUGCCUUCGCCUCUCUCGGGUCUUUGCCCGCACUGGUGGCCUCAUGCUCGAAAUCGAGUCAGCUCUUCAACUUGGGGUCUGGAAAUCUCUCGAGGGCACACAUGCUUUUGGUGAGAUCUCUCCCGAACUACAGGAGCAAUGGGAGAAAAUGAGCAAGGGGUGGCAAGACUGGCACCUGUGGAUUUUCGAGUUCGUCAAAGAGCACUGCACCCAUAUCUACCGCCUCAUCGAGCAACCGGACAAGCUUGACGAGCUCACAGAACGUAUACGAAAGAUGCAAGUAACUGCCGGUCAAACACGGAAUGAUGACUUCGGGCAUUUCAGGGAGUGCAUCUGCCUGUAUGCUGCUGACAACGUGGAGGUUCCCAUUCUCCCGUUUGUCGGGAAAGGCUCACCUCGCGAGAAAAUGGGUUUUAACCACCCUGUUUUUGCACGUUUACUCUGCCCGGCAAUUUACCUGGAAGAGUUCGACACCAACCCCACAGAUUUUUCCCGUCAGUUUCGGGAGAGUACCACCGACUUCAAGGCCACAGCUACUUGGUUGCCAACGCUCGUCUGGGAACCGGGUACAUAUAACAAGGAGAAGGUUUCAGAAGGAAUGUUCUUACACCCGGUGAUAAUACGGUGCUUGAAGCGAAUGCUUCUUGGGCCCGAAGCUGCAAAACUAUCAACUCCCUACCAAGCCAAAAACGGUUCAAACUGCUCAUUGAUGGAGGUGUACGAGGUGCGACGCGAGCACAUCGCGUAUGCCACAAUGGGGGCUCGGUGUGCGAUGAGUGGUCAGCCUCAAUGGGGUGGACCAGAUAUCGACUAUGACUGGGAGGAUGCCCAUAAUAAUAUCCUCGAGUUCCUUUGGCGGUUUCGUAACAAGGACUUUGUUAAUGGCCUCUUGCGAACACUCAACACCAGUGUCUUUGGUCACCCGAAAGGUCGGAAGCGCAUCCGUGCAACGACUACUGACGAGGUGGAAGCGUAUCAUGGCGGCGAUUUCGAGAUGUUCGAAGAUCAGGAAGAUGCAAGUACCGACUGUUCCGAGGACGAUCCCACCACCGACAACAACUCCCCACACGAUGCUGCUGAUCCAAACUCGGCCCCCAACAUCAACCAAGACGAAGCACCUGACAAAAACUCGCUUGCCCCUUCCGGCCCGCUUCGUACCAAGGACUCUCUAAAUGAAGAGUCCGUCUCUGCUAAUCCGGCAGCACCCAAACGACCGACACGCACACUCAGACCAUCAAACCCUACCAAGGACGCAUGCGCCCCGAGUCCCCAUCAUCCAUCUCCAUCCCAGGAGAAUACGGGCAACAGCAAACACCAUAGUGACGAGAAUGAAGAGGGUAGUGAGGGCAGUCGUGACAGCGACGAGCACGAGAGCGAGGAGGGCGAGGACGAGGUUCCAGACGAAGAAGAUGAGUCUGACAAGUCCGACGACUCGGAGUCUGAUGAGGCUGAUGAAUCCUCCGAGUCGGACGAUGAGCUCGAGCGCCCACCGAAGACAGCAAUUAGUGUACCGGCGCGUUUCCGCAAAGCGUCUAGCACAGGUCGUACGUCUUCCCCAUUUUCUUACUUUCUUGGUGCUGAAUCUCUCGCCCCAUGCGCGGGCAUUUCCUAUAUCAGCGCCUCAGUCACCAGCGUCGCGCUCGCCUGCCCGUUCAUACAAGCCCUCGUCUUCCUCGACAAAAACGGCUGUCAGUUCAGCGACCCGUCCACCUGGCCAUCCAUCAUCUUCUCGCACAACAUCCUCUGUCACAUCCCACUCGCCGCAGCUCAACUUCAAGUCCCAAAUGGUGCAUAG